AUGUAGGUGUGGUAUGGUAAUUAAAAAGUAACACGAGAUUUUACAGGACGGUUGAUAUUUGCUACAGGUUUCCACUUGUAACAGAUUGUAUUUUGUUCGAAUUGAAAUGAACACAAUACGGGUAGUGCUGUUUUUAAUUGCCAUCCUCGUGGCUGGUAAAUGUCAAGAUGAUUUUGGUGACCUUGACGAAGAUAGUAAUGAUAACGCCCAUGACAUAUCAGAACGAGAGGAAGAAUUCAUUAAUGAGGAUGACCUGAAUGAUAAAGAUGAAAGAUCGGAAGACGAAUUUGUCGACGAGGAAAGUGAUGAAAACCUUGGUGAAAUGGAAAGAGAGGAAAGAUCUGAUGAUGAAUCUUUAGAGCAGGAGAAUGAUGAAAAUAUCGAUGACAUAUCAGAUAACGAAAAGAGAGAUGACGAAGAGGAGGAAUUGACAUCUGAGGAUGACAUCGUGAGACGUGAGACACUUGAAGAGUUGAGAGAACAAAUGAAGGCGGCUAGAAAGUCAUUUAGGGACAGGAUAGAGGCCUGCGGUGUAAAGAAUAACUUUGUGCCAAUGAAAAACUGCAAAGAAUGCAGAUCAACUUGUAGAGCAACGCGAACCUGCAGAUCAUGUCGAGGAAUUUGUAAAGAUGAUUGGAAUGAACUGAAGUCUAAAGAUUGUGACCUUACAUUUGACAGGACAGCAUUUAAGAAAUAUCAUGAACAAAGAAGAAAUGAAUGGGAGAACAAAAAGCAAGACGGAAAACGAGAUUUUUGGAAGAAAAUAAGGGAUAGGGUUUUCCGAUUGAAGAAUGGAAGAUAAGAAUUAAAAUAUUUCAUCAGUAGCCAAAACUGAAA